AUGUGCUUGCUGGACAGACAGUCUUUCUCUGAGGUUGAUGAGAUUCAAGCUCCAUACGAGCUUCCCUCCAUUACCCUUGAUGAAAUAGGACAGAUAACAUACAACCCUCUCUACUUCUUCAGUCAAAUACCUAGUGUAGAUCUGAAGAUGGAAAACAAAGGAAGCGUGUUAAUGCAAAGAUAUGAGUUGGGUAAAUUGCUUGGACAAGGCACCUUUGCCAAGGUUUACCAUGCAAAAAAUCUUAAGACUGGCAUGAGUGUGGCCAUUAAGAUAAUUGAUAAGGAGAAGAUCUUGAAGGUCGGGAUGAUUGAACAAAUCAAACGAGAAAUCUCUGUAAUGAGACUUGUUAGGCACCCAAAUAUUGUUCAGCUUUAUGAAGUCUUGGCCACCAAAAAAAAGAUAUAUUUUGUCAUGGAAUACGUAAAAGGUGGUGAACUCUUUAACAAAGUGAUCAAAGGGAAAUUGAAAGAAGAUGUUGUAAGGAAAUAUUUUCAACAGCUGAUAAGUGCAGUUGAUUUCUGCCAUAGCAGAGGUGUUUUUCACAGGGAUCUUAAACCUGAGAACCUUCUUUUGGAUGAAAAUGGAAACCUAAAAGUCUCGGAUUUUGGAUUGAGUGCUCUUGCGGAAUCCAAGCGCCAGGACGGUUUACUUCACACAACGUGUGGGACACCUGCCUAUGUUGCUCCCGAAGUGAUUAACAGGAGAGGUUAUGAUGGCGCCAAAGUUGAUAUCUGGUCAUGUGGGGUGAUCUUGUUUGUUCUAUUGGCUGGAUAUCUCCCAUUCCAUGAUUCAAAUUUGAUGGAGAUGUAUAAAAAAAUCGGCAAGGCAGAGUUCAAAUAUCCUAACUGGAUCCCUCCUGAUGUUCGCAGGCUCAUUUCAAAAAUACUGGAUCCAAACCCGAACACCAGGAUUUCCAUAUCCAAAAUCAUGGAAAGUUCUUGGUUCCGUAAGGGUUUCCAAUCCAAAGUCACGAAAAGUAGUGCUGAUUCUAUGAUUCGAGACAUGGAUGUAAAAGAGGCAGUAGUUGAUGCUGAUGCAAUGUUCAGUUUUGGGGAGAACGCGAACUCAACAGGUGUGAAACUAGAAUUUGCAAAGCCUACAAACCUGAAUGCAUUCGAUAUCAUCUCCCUUUCAGCCGGUUUCGACUUGUCUGGCUUGUUCGAGGAAAAUGACCAAAAGAAAGAAGUUCGUUUUACAUCUAAGCAACCUUCCAAGACUAUCAUCUCCAAGUUAGAGCAAGUAGCAAAGCGUCUAAAGUUGAAAGUAUUGAAGAAGGAUGGAGGAUUGUUAAAAUUUGAAGGAACAAAGGAAGGCCGAAAGGGUAUGCUGUCUAUCGAUGCAGAAAUCUUUGAGGUUACUCCGAGUUUUCAUUUAGUCGAGAUGAAGAAAUCCAAUGGAGACACGCUGGAAUACCAGAAGAUGAUGAAGCAGGACAUAAGACCAUCACUGAAAGACAUUGUUUGGACAUGGCAAGGUGAUCAUCCACAACCCCUGCAGCAACAAGAACAACCAGAGGUACAGCCAUUGACACAAUUGGAUGUUGUUGCGCCUCAAAAUUGA